AUGGCGUCCAGAAUAACUUCAGCCGCCAUGCGCGCUUUCACCCGCCGCCCGAUCACGACUGCUAUCGCACAGACACGCUCGUUCCAGACCUCACGCACGAUGCGCGCAGACGCGGUCAUCUCGCCGAAGAAACCUAUUGGAGCUUUCCGGGGAUCAUUAUUUGGCUUCCUUCUCGGAACAGUAGGAGCUGGCGGAGCGCUGUACUACUAUGUCGUGGAUCAGUACAAGGUGUCGAAUGAGUUGUUGACGGAGGAUAUCUAUGCCUUGCAAUCGGCUGUGCAGAGACUGGAGGGAUAUGUGAAAGCGCUGGAGGCUGAGAUUCCAAAGAAGAAGUAG